UGAAUUGUUCGUGAAAACGUUCGUACGCAGAUUUCACGCACAAAUUAAUCAUUCUUGGUGAUUGAGAUCCAUCGUUACCAUAUGUUUACUGAAUCUACCCCACGCGCAGAAGAUCAGGUUUGGGUGAACUGAGCAGCGUCAUGACGCGUCGGUUUGCAACACGAAAGUGAAAGUACAGCUAGUGUGAGUUGUCCGCUUGUCGACAAUUUUUAGUUUAGACAAUUUGAGUUUUAACAAAAUAAAUUGUAAUUGUUUAUAUAUUUGGGUCGGAGCGAUCAUAUCGGACAAAAUGCAAGGGAGUAUUUCCGACCAUGGCACGUCCAAAGGACUCAAAAUGGGAACGACUAUAAUUGCUAUAGAGUUCGAUGGUGGCGUAGUGCUUGGUUCUGACUCCAGAGUUUCCGCAGGAGCUUCUGUGGUAAAUCGUGUGAUGAACAAGCUCUCCCCCCUUCAUGAUAAGAUCUACUGUGCUCUGUCCGGAUCUGCUGCUGAUGCUCAGACUAUUGCUGAGAUAGUAAACUACCAGCUGGAUGUGCACAGCGUUGAGGUGGGCGAGGACCCCUUGGUGCGCUCAGCAGCAACCCUAGUUAAAAACAUCUCCUACAAAUACAAAGAAGAACUUUCCGCUCAUCUCAUUGUAGGUGGAUGGGACAAGAAAGAAGGGGGGCAGGUCUUUGCAACACUUAAUGGGUUAAUUACCAGACAGCCGUUUGCAGUAGGUGGCUCUGGAAGUUCCUACAUUUAUGGCUUUGUAGAUGCUGAAUACAGACGGCGUAUGACACGGCAGGAGUGCCAGGAGUUUGUGAUCAACAGUCUGACACUCGCAAUGAACCGAGAUGGUUCCAGUGGGGGUGUGGCCUACCUUGUUACCAUUGACAGUGAAGGAGUGGAAGAGAAAUGUGUUCUGGGAAAUGAGCUCCCAAGAUUCUACGACAGAGAUGUAGUUGAGCCAGCCAAGACAGAAAAAGUGUAAAAACAUUUCUAAGUAUGGUUUAUCAAUAAAAUGUUUUCUCUUA